CGAAUACUAAAAACUCAAAAGUAAUUGGAUUGUUGUUAAACUAAGCUCAUUUAGUCCAUAUACGUUAUUCAUGAAUAAAAAUUGCUACAAUUUAGCAUUGGAAUUGAAAUAAUAUCUCUUGUCUGAUUAUUUGCUUGCUUAAUUUCCAAUUUUGUAAUUACCAGACUAUAUGGAGAAUACAUUUGCUUUACAUGUGAACAUCUUGCAAUAGCGUUUAUUGAAUGAGAAGAACACUCAAUCCGAGAAGGACGUUGAUCAUCUGAGAUUCUUUUUGAAGACCUAUGUCUAUAGUGAAUUGGCAAACAAAUAUAAUGAAAAAUAUCCUGCUGAUGCAUUUAGUGAUUAUUUUAUAGAGAACUAUCAGAACAGAGUAGAGAUCAUGGCUGGUGAUAUAAAGAUUUUAGAUAAUGACAUGCAAACUUUACAGAAGGAGGAGAUUGAUGAGAAUACAAGAAAAUUUAUUAGGAAAUUCAUUUUUCUAAAUAAAAUAGGGACUACAAAUAAUAUUGUAUAAAAAUAUAGUAGUUAUGUGAUGGCUCAUAUGAACUAUUUGCAUUCAUUGUCAUACUUAGAAAUUAUGCAAUAUAAAAUCUAUUGGGGAAUGUAAGAGGCAUUAAAAUAGUUGAAAGCUUGA